AUGAUUUAUUGUACAGUGGAAUAGUUUAUUUUUAAAAAUGUGCAGCUACACACUGACAAUUCGGAAAUGCUCUCGGAAGAAGUUUAUCUUUUCCCUCAGAGAGAGUCGCUUGCUUUUUACAAUACAAUAUACAAUCCUGAGAGCCACAAUCCAGCUGGCUGUAGGAGAUGUGGCUUUCAUUUCAUUCCAACCCAGUUUUUGGCAGCAGCCAGUAGGAUUUCUGUGAGCUUGAUGGAAUGACUCUGUGCUGGAGAUCUUUGCCAGACGCAUCAACAUCCACAAGCUCUCAAAUCCAUAUUGAGCUCUUUGGAGCUUGGAAUGAUUACAAAACACACUUCAACAGAGCCUCGAUGACAGAGGUUUAAAUAAAAUAGGUUCCACUCAUUAAGAAUGUACUAAUUAUUGGAACCUAAUCUGGAAACACUAAUUCUAAUAUGAUAGAUUUGAAGGUAUGAUAAAUGAAUCAGAAUCAGGUGAAACCCAUGACUGAAUGAAAAAACUGAAGCAAAAAAAUAAACAGACCAGAACUCUCUCCAAUAUGAUAUGUGCUAUAUGCUUUUAUAUUGUAGAUAUUGCAGCAUUAAAAAUAGUUCUCACUGCAGUGUUGUAUGAAACCUUUUGGGCUGAUAUGAGGAUAAAUCUUGUUCUCGGACACUUGGGGCAACAAUUUGUAAUAUUUUCCAUGUACACUGCUUGAGGAUGUUGGGAAACGCAGGAAGUGACAUUGCAGCAGAGUAACAAGAGUAAAGCUCAGUCGUUCCCCUUCACAGUGAACAGAUUAACUCCCAGGAUGAUUGGAAGUGUGAUGAGGCUCCUGCUGUUGUCUUUGAUCAGAGCAGGUGUAAAUGGAGAUGAUGGACUGAUACCUGCAGAAAGGAGUCAUGACAUUACGUAUCCAUGUGGAGAUGAUGUCUGUUAUCACGUAUGGCACCUCAGCACGGACGAAACAAGCAACGACAUUGCUAUAGUCAGUAAUGGAAAGAUCCAGACAUCUAAACUGGAGGAUGAUGAGUCAAAAUGCAGUCUGCGAAUCAAAGAUCUCACAGUGGAGGAUGUUGGAAGUCAUCGCUGCCAGCGAAGGCCAAAUGUCCACAAUACGUCCCCAGGUGCUCCAGUGAUAAACCUCAUGGCAAGAAAAACGCUGUUCCUGCAGUGUGUUCUGUUGACCUUCGUAGAGAGGGGACACUGUUUCACAGAGGGGCAGCAGCAGAUCAGCCUGAUGUGGGUGGAUGAAACGGGUGCUCAGCUUCAAGACGACGCCCAGCAUCAGAUAGAGCAGCUGCACUCUUGUGAAGUAACUCUGACUGUCACCCUGCAGAGGCCUGAAAACAAGAAGUUCAGGUGCCUGGUGAUGGCCGGUGGUCAGGUCCAGACUUCAGUGGAGCUUCGGGUCAGAGCUCGAGGGAUGGGGAGAGGCCUCGUCGUAGAACUGGAACCUGAAAAUCAAGGCCAUAGCCAGGACACAGUUGGGGCUGCUGUCGGGGUGGUGGGAUGUCUGGUGUUGACGCUGCUGGUUGCAGCAUUUGUUGUGAACAGAAGAAGAGCGAACAGCCGGCUGCCGGAUGAGUCACGUAACACCAUCAGCACCAACAAUGCUCUGAAUACAGAUGAUGUGAUCUACGCUGACAUAAUUCUCCCCGUUGGCUCCGACAGAGUGUUUGUCCAGCAGUGGGACGCCACAGAAUAUGCCUGCAUCCGAUACGAAUAGUGUGAUGCUGUACAAAAUGUGAAAAACAUUGUUGAUAUUAAGAUUUUGUUGCUUUCUUUUGAAGCCUUAAGCACUCAGGUCACAGCUUACAUCUGUGAUCUUUUAGCUCCGUUUGAGAUUGGAAGGAACCUUCUGACUGUUCCUGAAUCUGGCCUUGUGAAAACAGCGGAUUGGCCCUUUGCUGCCCCUAAGAUGUGGAAUUUGAUACCAGAAAAUGCUAACUGAGUGUCUACUGUUAACAUUCUGAAGCUAAAAAGCUAAAAAAAAAAAAAAAACACAAAAAAACCAAAACAGGUUGUCCAAAAAUUGCACCAAUUUUCAAAGCUAGAAACUGAAAAAACAGAACAAAUUGCCUGAUGUUCCACUUUUCAAAGGAUUUUGUCUUUUAACUCAGGCAUUUAGCAUUUCAUCUUCGAAAUAAUAUCACAUUUUUGAAUAAAAUAGUCUACCUCAA